UCAGUCCCAGUGCUGUCCUGGACCCGGCAGGAGGCCUAUGGAGCCUGGGGCCACAGGCCACAGAGGACAAGGGCCAGAUACCCCAGCCAUGGCUCUGGGCCAUUGAUCCAGCGCAGGCCGGCCUGGUGGGGGUGGAGAAACCUUGGCCUGGACAAACAGCGCUCCUGAGGUCUGUGUGCAGGCCCGCCACUCCAGGAGGUGCAUGGGAGCCAUGUGGGGCUUGCAAGCCAGCACGGGGUGAAGACAUUGCUCUGGUUGCUGUGUGGGAAUUCGCUGCUGCAGGUGACUGACUACUGCAGGAGUCAAGGGGACAGGAUGCCCAAGGCUGAGGCCCCCCAGGUUGCUGGCGGGCAGGGUGAUGGAGGCGAGAGUGAGGAAGCAGAGCCCGAGGGGAUGUUCAAGGCCUCAAAGAGGAAAGCCCGGGACUACAUGCGCCUGGCGCCCCUGUCACUGGCCCUGGUGGUGCUGGCUUCAGCGGGGGUGAUGCUCUGGUAUUUCCUAGGAUACAGGGCCGAGGGCACGGUCAGCCAGGUGUACGCCGGCAGCCUCCGGGUGCUCAAUCGCCACUUCUGUCAGGACCUGACCCGCCGGGAGUCCAGCACCUUCCGCAGCGAAGCCGCCAAAGCCCAGAGGAUGCUCAAAGAGCUCAUUGGCAGCACCCGCCUGGGUACUUACUACAACUCCAGCUCCGUCUACUCCUUCGGUGAGGGAUCCCUCACCUGCUUCUUCUGGUUCAUCCUGCAAAUCCCAGAGCACCUCCAGCCCACGCUGAGCCCCGAGAUGGUGCGGGCACUGCUGGUGGAGGAGCUGCUGUCCGUGGCCAACAGCUCGGUCCCUGUCUCCUACAUGGCUGAGUAUGAGGUGGACCCUGAGGGCCUCGUGAUCCUGGAAGCCAGCGUAAAAGACAUAGUCACGCUGAAUUCCACGCUGGGCUGUUACCGCUACAGCUACGUGGGCCAGGGGCAGGCCCUUCAGCUGAAGGGCCCCGACCAGCUGGCCUCCAGUUGCCUGUGGCACCUGCAGGGUCCCCAAGAGCUCAUGCUCAAGGUGCGACUGGAGUGGACCCUGGCCGAGUGCCGAGACCGCCUGGCCAUGUAUGACGCAGCUGGGCCGCUGGAAAAGAAGCUCAUUACCUCGGUAUAUGGCUGCAGCCGCCAGGAGCCCGUGCUGGAAGUGCUGGCCUCAGGCUCCAUCAUGGCAGUGGUCUGGAAGAAAGGUCUGCACAGCUACACUGACCCCUUCGUGCUCUCUGUGCAGCCUGUGGCCUUUGAGGCCUGCCAGGUGAACCUGACGCUGGAGGGCCGGCUGGACCCACAGGGUGCCCUCAGCACACCCUACUUCCCCAGCUACUACUCUCCCAGCACCCACUGCUCCUGGCACCUCACGGUGCCAUCUCUGGACUACGGCUUGACCCUCUGGUUUGACGCCUAUGCUUUGAGGAGACAGAAGUACGGCCUGCCUUGCACCCAGGGACAGUGGACGAUACAGAACAGGAGGCUGUGUGGCUUGCGCACCCUGCAGCCCUACGCUGAGAGGAUUCCUGUGGUGGCCACAGCUGGGAUCACCAUCAACUUCACGUCACAGAGCCCCCUGACAGGGCCAGGUGUGCGGGUGCACUAUAGCCUGUACAACCAGUCGGACCCCUGCCCUGGUGAGUUCCUCUGCUCCGUGAAUGGACUCUGUGUCCCUGCCUGCGAUGGGAUCAAGGACUGCCCCAAUGGCCUAGAUGAGAGAAACUGUGUUUGCAGAGCCACAUUCCAGUGCCAAGAAGACAGCACUUGCAUCUCCCUGCCCCGAGUCUGUGACCGGCAGCCUGACUGUCUCAAUGGCAGUGAUGAGGAGCAAUGCCAAGAAGGAGUGCCUUGUGGGACCUUCACCUUCCAGUGUAAGGACCGCAGCUGUGUGCGGAAGCCCAACCCUCAGUGUGACGGGUGGCCGGACUGCAAGGAUGGCUCAGACGAGCUCCACUGCAACUGUGGCCUCCAGGGCCCCUCCAGCCGCAUCGUAGGCGGGGCCGUGUCCUCUGAGGGCGAGUGGCCGUGGCAGGCCAGCCUCCAGGUUCGGAGCCGACACAUCUGUGGGGGCGCCCUCAUUGCUGACCGCUGGGUGAUCACAGCUGCCCACUGCUUCCAGGAGGACAGCAUGGCCUCCCCGGCGCUGUGGACCGUGUUCCUGGGCAAGAUGCGGCAGAAUGCCCGCUGGCCCGGUGAGGUGUCCUUCAAGGUGAGCCGCCUGCUCCUGCACCCGUACCACGAGGAGGACAGCCACGACUACGACGUGGCCCUGCUGCAGCUCGACCACCCGGUGGUGCGCUCCGCCAACGUGCGCCCGGUCUGCCUGCCUGCGCGUUCCCACUUCUUUGAGCCGGGCCUGCACUGCUGGAUCACAGGAUGGGGCGCUCUGCGAGAGGGCGGCCCCACCAGCAAUGUCCUGCAGAAAGUGGACGUGCAGCUGGUUGUGCAGGACCUGUGCAGCGAGGCCUAUCACUACCAGGUGACACCACGCAUGCUGUGUGCUGGCUACCGCAAGGGCAAGAAGGAUGCAUGCCAGGGUGACUCUGGUGGCCCGCUGGUGUGUAAGGAGCCCAGUGGCCGCUGGUUCCUGGCAGGGCUGGUCAGCUGGGGCCUGGGCUGUGGCCGGCCCAACUACUUCGGUGUCUACACUCGCAUCACAGGUGUGAUUGGCUGGAUCCAGCAGGUGCUGACCUGAGGUCCUGUGAGCCGGGCCCACCUCUUGGACAGAGUGCACAGGGCACUUGGCAGGCAGGGGAGCUAGUAUUCUGGGGGCAAGUGGCCCUGUGGAGGCAGGAGGUAGCAUCCUGUCCCCACCAUGGCCCAGUGACUGCACAGGGAGGGAAGGGCCAUCAGCCCACUGGCCAGGUCUGAUGGGCCGGUCUGGGGGCGGGGGUCAGACCCAACCCUGUCACCUCCCAAUCGAUCCUCUUGGUCUCCUCCUUCCCUCCCUCCACACUGUCUCAGGGGUACUCAGAGGGCUGAUGCAGGUCCCCGUCCCAGGGGAAGGGUCCGAGGUGCCCUCCUGCAGGCAGAGCCUGCCUGCACCUGUGCAGCUCUGGCUCCAGAGCGAUUCCUCUGCCCCACCCUGGGGAGUGGGAGGUGUCCCUGCCAGAGGGGACCCCCAGGGCCCUGGAGACCCCAAGUGGGCAGCUGCUACCAUAAGCCAAAGGGUGGGGAAGCCUCAGCUGGAGGGUCCCCACGCACCCCUUCCCACCAGACCCAAAGGGCCGCUCACUCACUGGGAAUAAAGCGCCUGACCAAUGAG